AUGUAUGUCAUCUCGAUGUCGACAUGCACAAACGUCGAGAGUUGGUCCGUGGCCCGGCCGACUCUAGGAUCGACGAGACAUAACGGGGACGAGGGCAUCCCGGACAGGAUGCCUCUCAGGCACGCGCUGAUGAUGUGGUAUGUUUCCGAUCUCUUGCAGAAUCGAGACCGAAACGAAGAGAAGAAGAAGAAGAAGGAGAAGAAGAAGACGAAAGAAGCUCCACCUGGAAUGAUUACAGGGUUUUCUCAGUGCAAUGGGCUUCAUUAUUCCAAACAGCUGUGCCCGUGCCGAUUUCACGGCCGGCAUGUCGCCGCCGGUGUCGUGACUUUGCCAGUAGCCCAGCUCUGA